ACAACACAAUACAUCUCACGCUUUCGGUACUUUUUCUUUCGCUCUUCACUGGAGCGCACCCAAAUUCCUCAACACAAUGCCGAGCAAACGUAAAGGUUCUUUUUCUUUGGCUAAGUCACCGGAAUCAUCAGAUUCCACUACUUCACAGUUAAAAAAGAAGAGCAAACGUAAACCUUCUUCUACUUCAACGACGGUAAAUGAGAAAACAGAGCAACAUGCAGUUGUUGAGAAAGCUACCUUAGCUGCUGCUUCUCCAGUUGAGUGUGAGGAUGAGAUUAUAGUAGAUGAUGAUGAUGAAGAUGAGGAAUCAGUAUGUGAGAGCUCCAACGAUGAAUCGUCUCCUAAGAAUAAGGUGAGACGAGCUGUGCAGGCGAAUGAGGAGCAGGAAUGUGAGUUUUCUGGUGAAGCUGUAACGGAGGCACAAGCGAAGCAGCAAUAUCCUCAUCGCUACAUUACAAAGGAUCAGGUGAAGUCAAAUGUUGCAGCUAUGAACUUAAAUUGUCAAGAUGAUUCCGACCAAUUAAUCCAGGCUAAGAACCAUUUUACCCAGGCAUUGGUUGACAAUCAGCUUUAUAAACUCGGGGAUGAUGCGUAUGUAAAGGCUGCAGAUGGUGAAGAUGAUUACAUAUGCAAGAUUGUUGAAUUUUUUCAAGGUGUUGAUGGUACAAAGUAUUUUACUGCUCAAUGGUUUUACAGAGCCAAGGAUACUGUAAUUAAAGCUCUUGACCAAUUUAUCGACAACAAGCGUGUAUUCCUAUCAGAAGUGAAGGAUGACAACCCUCUAGAUUGCCUUGUAAAGAAAAUCAAGAUUGUUCCGAUAUCCUCAAAUGUAAGCUUACAGUUGAAGGAAAGCUUGAGAUCAGAAUCUGACUAUUACUAUGACAUGAAGUACCUGCUUCCAUACUCAUCCUUUAUUAGCUUACCAUCAGAUGUUUCAAGUCCUGAUAGUGAAUCAGAUUCUACCAUAUCAAGCGACAGUGAUAUUGCAGAGGUUAAUGAACAGAAGCAAGAAAAGAAGCUCUUGGAUCUCUAUUCAGGUUGUGGAGGAAUGUCCACUGGGCUGUGCUUGGGUGCUGACAAUUGCGGUGUUAAACUUGUCACAAAAUGGGCUGUUGACCUAAAUCGAUAUGCUUGUGAUAGCUUGAAAGUGAACCACCCGGAGACAGAGGUCAGGAAUGAGGCUGCCUCAGAUUUCUUAUUGCUUUUGAAAGAGUGGGAGCAGCUUUGUGCAUCCUGCUCCUUGUUGAAAAGCAAUACCCCACCACACCCGUUGCUGAAAGUUGAGGAUGAGGAGGAAGACAAUGAUGGUGGAGAUGAGGAUGAGGGAUCUGGUGAUGUGGAAGAAGGUGAAAUUUUUGAGGUGCAAGAGAUUUCAGAAGUUUGCUAUGGAGACCCAAAGGAAAUAAAGAAGCCUGGCCUUUACUUUAAGGUAAGUUGGAAGGGUUAUGGCCCAGAUGAAGACACUUGGGAGCCAAUAGAGGGCUUAGAUGGUUGCCAAAAGAAAAUAAAGGACUUUGUGACCAAGGGCUUCAAAACAAGUGUUUUGCCAUUGCCUGGGGAAGUUGAUGCCAUAUGUGGAGGCCCUCCUUGCCAGGGCAUAAGUGGGUUUAAUCGUUUUAGAGAUAAGCAGAAUCCAUUACAAGAUCCGAAAAAUAAACAACUUGAAGUAUUCAUGGGCAUUGUGGAGUUCUUGAAACCAAGGUUCGUGUUAAUGGAAAAUGUGGUGGACAUGGUCAAGUUUGCAGAUGGUUUCCUGGGAAGAUAUGCAUUGAGCAGGCUUGUUGGAAUGAACUAUCAAGCACGGAUGGGAAUGAUGGUAGCUGGGGCGUAUGGACUUCCACAAUUUCGUAUGCGUGUCUUUACGUGGGGUGCUCUUUCUUCAGAGAAAUUGCCACAAUAUCCGUUGCCGACACAUAAUGUUGCUGUGAGACGUGGCGUUCCCACAGAAUUUGAGUUAAAUGCAGUAGCAUAUGAAGAGGGCCCGAAGGUCAAGCUAAAGAAAGAACUUUUUCUUGAGGAUGCCCUUUCAGAUCUUCCUCCUGUGGAAAAUAAUGAGCCAAGGGAUGAAAUGCCAUAUACUGAUGAGCCCAAAUCUGACUUUCAACGUUUCAUAAGAUUAACGAGGGACGGUACAUUGGGUACUGUUUUGUAUGAUCAUCGGCCUCUUAAGUUAAAUGAAGAUGACUAUCAGCGUGUAUGUCAAAUUCCCAAGCGAAAGGGUGCGAACUUCAGGGACUUGCCCGGGGUUCGUGUUCGUGCUGACAAUAUUGUUGAAUGGGAUCCGGAUGUGGAAAGAGUAAAACUUACUUCGGGAAAGCCUUUGGUCCCUGACUACGCGAUGACUUUUGUUCGUGGUACUUCACCAAAGCCUUUUGGUCGUUUAUGGUGGGACGAAAUAGUUUCAACAAUUGUUACAAGAGCACAGCCCCACAAUCGGGCCGUAUUACAUCCAUUGCAGGACAGAGUGCUUACUAUCCGUGAAAAUGCACGGCUGCAAGGUUUCCCUGAUUACUACAAAUUGACAGGACCAAUAAAAGAAAGGUACAUACAAGUAGGAAAUGCAGUGGCAGUACCAGUGGCCCGGGCUUUAGGGUAUUCUUUAGCAUUGGCACUGAAAGGAUUAUCAGGAGAGAAACCGUUACUGUCAUUGCCACCUAAUUUUCCAUGUCUAGAAGAACUGGUCUCCAAUGAGGAGUCUCUAGAUAAACUGUAAUUAUCUGACCAUCACACAAGCUAUUCACCCCUUGGAAGAAUUUGGGGCUGAUCAUUCCAAUUUCAAUCAUUCAUUAGUUUACUUCAAGCAGUUGUUGCAAUGCAAGUUCUGCAUUAACAUUAUGUUUUUCUUAGUUGCUACAUUAAGCCAAUGGAGAGACUGGAAAAAGAAUUAGUUUUUGUACGUAUAAUUUAUUGCUACAUUCAGAUUGGGAACAAAGUGAGUCUGAUGUAGUUCGAGGUGACAUUAGUAGAAUUGGACCACACUAUGCUUCAGCUCAAA